AUGCUUCCUGAAGUGUCUCGACUGCUCAUCCUAGGUCCCGACAAGGACAGCAACUUGGCAGUGGCAUUUAAACUCCGUGAACUCUGUGGUGACUCUAAUUAUGAAACUCUUGUUGAUAACAAGCUCGACGUAGUGGUGCUGAACUUACAGACCAAGUAUUACCACGCUCGUGUUGAAGUCCACUUGCACCAGGUACUUGACAAUGAACCAGAGCCUCCACUACAUCACGAGCUGCGUGACUACGAGGCACUAAUUUGUGUCUUUGAUGCCAAAGAGAAAGAUACAUUCCUGCAUAUGCAACGUUUUGUCAAGUGCAUUGUCGAUACACUCUCCUAUGACGUUUGUCUACUGGUUAGUACGUCUAGCACGUUGUCAAUGACAAUGGAGAGUGUACAGCAGGUGGAGACUUGGUGUCAGGACAAUGGCUUUGAGUUUGUGGCCUUGGAUUGCUUGGAGCACUUAUUCAAUGACGACAAUGUCAUUCACGAGAAAAAGGGGAUCGAACGUGUCUUAGAAGCACUACACUGCAAUAUGUGGAGGUCUAUGGAGAUGAAUCCGUCUCAAUCAGUCACUGCUACGCCGCUGCAAAUGGUAACCGAGGAUGCCGAGAAGGAGGUGGACAAUGUGGAGAAGAAGGAGAUCCUAAAAGAGGAGAACAAUGCUAAUACUGAAGACCAGAGAACCUCAAUGGACGAGUCACAACUUCAUACGUUACUACAAGAUCUGGAAAUUCCAGGAGGUCCUGGAAUUUGUGCUGGAGAAAGCAAAGGUGAUAAUAAAGAGAAUGACAUUGAUAUGAAUCAAUUCAAUGCGCUCAUUUCCGAGGUACGAAACGUUCGUAAUCAAGGCCAACAUCUUACAGAUGAAGAGCGACGUGAUCGUGCUGCUGAAGUGGCCAUGAAGCUCUGGAAGGUGCUGGGCGAAGAAGAUAGUGACUAG